UUUUUAUUUUAUUCUUUCAGCUGACCGGUACUUUAAUUUUCUAUUCAUGUUAUAGUUGAAAGUUAAGUUGCUCUAGGGAAAAUGACGUCAAGAUAUGUAUGCACAUUAAGCCCUGAACUCCUGGAAAAAGCUGUCAGAGAAUUGAACGAACCACGUGACAAUGACGUCAGAUUAAAAGCGAUCGACGCUUUAAAGAAAGAUUUUAACUCGGAAAAAUAUGGCCCUUUACUACGUGACGACGAUUUGUUUUUACUGAGGUUUCUACGCGCAAGAAAAUACAAACACGCAAAGGCGUUAAGGGUAUUACACAAAUAUCACAGCAUUAGGAAGAAGUUUCCAGAAGUUUUUGAUAAAGUAUAUCACCCUGAAAGCAUGCGGGAAGUCAUGGAAUGCGGAAUCGUGUACGCUGCAAAUGGGACCAUGAAAGACGGCCAGUCAGUGAUCAUCUAUCGUCCCGAGAAGGAAACGGCGCAUAUGAGUUUCUAUGAUAUUUUAGCCUGUGGCCAGUUGGCCAUGGACAAACUACUGGACAGCGAAGAAUACCAGAUCUGCGGCGGGGUCACAAUUGAUGAUUUUGAGCAUUACGACCACGAAGCGAUGAAGGAGGUACCAGCAAGUAAGUAUAAAAAGAUGACUGAUCUGCUCCAAGAAGCGACGCCGGUCCGAAUCGGUCCAUUUCACAUUUUAAAUGAAGGAACUAAGUUCGACUUUAUGUACUCUAUGAUGAAACCGUUCAUGAAGCGAAAACUAACUAAGCACAUCACAUUACACGGAAAAUCAAUUGACAAGAUUGUUCCUGACCACGACCUACACCUGCUACCUCCAGUGAUGGGGGGCACGGGGCUGGAACCAGAGGCAGCGGCCAAACUUUGGGUGGAAUCUUUAAAAACGGGGAGCGGUUGGAAACAUUUGAAACACGACUGAAAGAAUUUAUUAGUUAUUUUUAUUAUUUUGUUGUAAAAAUACUAAAUUUAAACUAUGUAUGUAUAUAUAAAGAGAUGUAUAAACGCGCGCAACGUUUUGUUUAAUUAAAUUUUAGUAUUCAUAA